UGGCUACAAUUAAAUUUUUGUGUUUUUUUACAAUUUACACAAAAACAAAUGUUAAAAAAAUUUAAUUAUUUCUUGAUAAAUUAAUCUCCCUUCAACAAAGAAAUCUCUAAAGUAUCAAAUUCCAAGAACAAAUAAUCAAUUCAAUUAAAAAAAAUAAACAUCUCAACAAAGUAAAAGCCACAAAUAACGAAAACAAAAUAAUCGAUUAUUAUGGUUGGAAUCGUAGAUGAAUCUUUUGUGAAAUUUCCUAUAAGUUCUCGAAUUAGAAUCAACAAUAAUACUGGCACUGUUAAAUACGUCGGAGAGGUAAAUGGUUAUGACGGUAUUUGGAUUGGUAUCGAGUGGGACGAUCCCAGUCGGGGUAAACACAAUGGAAUUGUGAAUGGGCAAAGGUACUUCCAAACUGGUCAUCCUUCAUCGGGCAGUUUUGUUCGAGUGGGUAAAGUGGCAGCGUUUGAAUCACUCGAAGAGGCAGCACGGGAGAGAUAUUUAAAUACUUCGGGAUGCAUUUUGGACCAAAAGCUUUUGCUGGAGGCUCAGGCUCAUAUGCAAGCUUCUCUGAUGGAAAUUGUUGGAAUGGAUAAGAUAGCUCGAAAACAAAGCAAAUUAGAACAUCUCACGGAAAUAAGUGUGGAUGGAUCGAAUGUUAACUCAGCCGGAUACUUAAUGGAAUUCUCAAACUUAACAACACUGAAUUUGAGUCACACACUUAUGUGGAAUUGGACAGAUGUUGCUAAUAUAACGUCACAAGUACCCACACUUGUCAACUUAAAUCUGAGUUGCAACCGAAUGAAAGUGCCUACAAAUGAGCAAACUGUUAACCUGGAACCUUCUUUUCGACACUUGGAACAUAUUAAUUUAGGGAAUUGUGGAUUUAAGAAUUGGGAAGAUGUUAAAGCGACUGCAAAACUAUGGCCAAAUAUCUUAUCGGUUGGAUUGCAAGAAAAUGAUAUCUUAGAACUCACUCCCGUUGACUGUAUGGAAAUAUUCAAGAAUUUACGUGAACUCGAUUUGCAUCGUACAAAAGUCUCAGAUUUCGAUCAAGUUGUUAAACUUGGUAACAUCAAAACUUUAAAUUGUUUACAUUUAAUGGAAAAUGGUAUUGAAGAAGUUAAGCUACCCGAAUGUGACCCGAAUAAGAAAUUAAAUAUAUUUAUUGCUUUGGAAAAGUUGAAUUUAUACAACAACCCGAUCUAUGAUGAAAUUGGUACCUUUAAUGAACUGGAUAAACUUCCGGCCCUAGUGAAUCUCAGUAUGACUCCACAUUUGAAGAGUGAUUUUGAAGAAAUGUUUUCCAAGGCAAUCGCAUCGAUUCCCCAAUUAAAAGUGGUCAAUAAAAUAGAAAUAACCAAAGAAGAUCGUCGUGGAGCAGAUUAUGAUAUUUGGAAGAGAUACGCUUUAGACUGGAUGCAGUGUGAAAAAAAUCCGGAUUUAAAAUUUGCAUUUUGCAAAAAGCAUCGCUCAUAUCCGUUAUUGGUUAAAAAAUAUGGGUCGCCAGCUGAAUUUGUUCCCCGAAAUCUGGGCAAAGUUUCAAAUUUAAUAAAACUUCGCAUACAAAAUAAAAUCACCGGUGAAGUUUGGGAGAAAAAGGUUCCACGAAAAAUAUCAGUCCAAACAUUACAGGGUCUUAUCAUAAAACAAUUUAAGCUGGAAAAUACAAUGCCAAAGUUAUCCUAUGCUGAUGCAAAACAUCCCGAUUUAAUUGUUGAAUUGGAGAAUACUUCAAAGAAUUUGGAUUUCUAUUCAAUUCAUGAAGGAGAUACAGUUACAGUGGAAUGGUAAAGAGCGCUUAAGGUCUUCUAACAACUACAAUUUAUAUGCAUUGUUAUGAUGAAAAGGCAAUAGACUCUGAACACGGCAUUUGAUUGUUAGAUGUUUCUAUAAGUAAAAGAAGAAGUGAUUAUUAUUGUAUUAACCUAUAUUUUAUAUUCUAUAUAUUUUUAAAUAGAACUGAACAAAAUUGUUUGUCAGAAAUUAAUAUUUUUUUCUAUUAAAAUUUAUUAUUUUUUGUUUAAAAAAAUGUUUUAAGUUUUUAUUUUUCUUUUUGAGGAAAAUCAAAAAAAUAUACAACGUUCAGUGUAAUAACUGUUUUUAAAUGA